AGGCCAGGGCUCUGCUGGAGCAGGCAGCAGAGUGGACGCACAGUGACAUGGGCAACUUGAAGAGCGUGGCCCAGGAACCUGGGCCACCCUGUGGCCUGGGACUGGGGCUGGGCCUUGGGCUGUGCGGCAAGCAGGGCCCAGCCCCCUCAGCCCCUGAGCCCAGCCGGGCCCCGGCAUCCCUACCCCCGCCAGCACCAGAACACAGCCCCCCGAGCUCCCCGCUAACCCAGCCCCCGGAGGGGCCCAGGUUCCCUCGUGUGAAGAACUGGGAGGUGGGGAGCAUCGCCUACGACACCCUCAGUGCCCAGGCGCAGCAGGAUGGGCCCUGCACCCCAAGACGCUGCCUGGGCUCCCUGGUAUUUCCACGGAAACUACAGGGCCGGCCCUCCCCUGGCCCCCCGGCCCCUGAGCAGCUGCUGAGUCAGGCCCGGGACUUCAUCAACCAGUACUACAGCUCCAUCAGGAGGAGCGGCUCCCAGGCCCACGAACAGCGGCUUCAAGAGGUGGAAGCCGAGGUGGCAGCCACAGGCACCUACCAGCUUAGGGAGAGCGAGCUCGUGUUCGGGGCCAAGCAGGCCUGGCGCAACGCUCCCCGCUGUGUGGGCCGGAUCCAGUGGGGGAAGCUGCAGGUGUUCGAUGCCCGGGACUGCAGGUCUGCACAGGAAAUGUUCACCUACAUCUGCAACCACAUCAAAUACGCCACCAACCGGGGCAACCUUCGCUCGGCCAUCACAGUGUUCCCGCAGCGCUGCCCUGGCCGAGGAGACUUCCGAAUCUGGAACAGCCAGCUGGUGCGCUAUGCGGGCUACCGGCAGCAGGACGGCUCUGUGCGGGGGGACCCAGCCAACGUCGAGAUCACCGAGCUCUGCAUUCAGCAUGGCUGGACCCCAGGAAACGGUCGCUUUGACGUGCUGCCCCUGCUGCUGCAGGCCCCAGAUGAGCCCCCAGAACUCUUCCUUCUGCCCCCUGAGCUGGUCCUUGAGGUGCCCCUGGAGCACCCUACGCUGGAGUGGUUUGCAGCCCUGGGCCUGCGCUGGUACGCCCUCCCAGCAGUGUCCAACAUGCUGCUGGAAAUUGGGGGCCUGGAGUUCCCCGCAGCCCCCUUCAGUGGCUGGUACAUGAGCACUGAGAUCGGCACGAGGAACCUGUGUGACCCUCACCGCUACAACAUCCUGGAGGACGUGGCUGUCUGCAUGGACCUGGAUACCCGGACAACUUCAUCCCUAUGGAAAGACAAGGCAGCGGUGGAAAUCAACGUGGCCGUGCUGCACAGUUACCAGCUGGCCAAAGUCACCAUUGUGGACCACCACGCCGCCACAGCCUCCUUCAUGAAGCACCUGGAGAAUGAGCAGAAGGCCAGGGGGGGCUGCCCUGCAGACUGGGCCUGGAUUGUGCCCCCCAUCUCGGGCAGCCUCACUCCUGUCUUCCAUCAGGAGAUGGUCAACUAUUUCCUGUCCCCAGCCUUCCGCUACCAGCCAGACCCCUGGAAGGGGAGUGCGGCCAAGGGCACCGGCAUCACCAGGAAGAAGACCUUUAAAGAAGUGGCCAAUGCCGUGAAGAUCUCUGCCUCGCUCAUGGGCACCGUGAUGGCGAAGCGAGUGAAGGCGACAAUCCUGUAUGGCUCCGAGACCGGCCGGGCCCAGAGCUACGCACAGCAGCUGGGGAGACUUUUCCGGAAGGCUUUUGAUCCCCGGGUCCUGUGUAUGGAUGAGUAUGACGUGGUGUCCCUUGAACACGAGACGCUGGUGCUGGUGGUAACCAGCACAUUCGGGAAUGGGGAUCCCCCGGAGAAUGGAGAGAGCUUUGCAGCUGCCCUGAUGGAGAUGUCCGGUCCCUACAACAGCUCCCCUCGGCCGGAACAGCACAAGAGUUAUAAGAUCCGCUUCAACAGCAUCUCCUGCUCAGACCCACUGGUGUCCUCUUGGCGGCGGAAGAGGAAGGAGUCCAGUAACACAGACAGUGCAGGGGCCCUGGGCACACUCAGGUUCUGUGUGUUCGGGCUGGGCUCCCGGGCCUACCCCCACUUCUGCGCCUUUGCUCGUGCGGUGGACACGCGGCUGGAGGAACUGGGCGGGGAGCGGCUGCUGCAGCUGGGCCAGGGCGACGAGCUGUGUGGCCAGGAGGAGGCCUUCCGCGGCUGGGCCCAGGCUGCCUUCCAGGCCGCCUGUGAGACCUUCUGUGUGGGAGAGGAUGCCAAGGCUGCUGCCCGAGACAUCUUCAGCCCCAAAAGGAGUUGGAAGCGCCAGAGGUACCGGCUGAGCGCCCAGGCCGAGGGCCUGCAGUUGCUGCCAGGUCUGAUCCACGUGCACAGGCGGAAGAUGUUCCAGGCUACAAUUCUCUCAGUGGAAAACCUGCAAAGCAGCAAGUCCACGAGGGCCACCAUCCUGGUGCGCCUGGACACUGGAGGCCAAGAGGGGCUGCAGUACCAGCCGGGGGACCACAUAGGUGUCUGCCCACCCAACCGGCCCGGCCUUGUGGAGGCGCUGCUGAGCCGCGUGGAGGACCCGCCUGCGCCCACUGAGCCCGUGGCAGUAGAGCAACUGGAGAAGGGCAGCCCUGGUGGCCCUCCCCCCGGCUGGGUGCGGGACCCCCGGCUGCCCCCAUGCACGCUGCGCCAGGCUCUCACCUUCUUCCUGGACAUCACCUCCCCGCCCAGCCCUCAGCUCUUGCGGCUGCUCAGCACCUUGGCAGAAGAGCCCAGGGAACAGCAGGAGCUGGAGGCCCUCAGUCAGGAUCCCCGACGCUACGAGGAGUGGAAGUGGUUCCGCUGCCCAACGCUGCUGGAGGUGCUGGAGCAGUUCCCUUCGGUGGCACUGCCUGCCCCACUGCUUCUCACCCAGCUGCCUCUGCUCCAACCCCGGUACUACUCAGUCAGCUCAGCACCCAGCACCCACCCAGGAGAGAUCCACCUCACUGUAGCUGUGCUGGCAUACAGGACCCAGGAUGGGCUGGGCCCCCUGCACUAUGGAGUCUGCUCCACGUGGCUAAGCCAACUCAAGCCCGGAGACCCUGUGCCCUGCUUCAUCCGGGGGGCUCCCUCCUUCCGGCUGCCACCUGAUCCCAGCUUGCCCUGCAUCCUGGUGGGCCCAGGCACUGGCAUUGCCCCCUUCCGGGGAUUCUGGCAGGAGCGGCUGCAUGACAUUGAGAGCAAAGGGUUGCAGCCCACUCCCAUGACUUUGGUGUUUGGCUGCCGAUGCUCCCAACUCGACCAUCUCUACCGCGACGAGGUGCAGAACGCCCAGCAGCGCGGGGUGUUUGGCCGAGUCCUCACCGCCUUCUCCCGGGAACCUGACAACCCCAAGACCUACGUGCAGGACAUCCUGAGGACGGAGCUGGCUGCGGAGGUGCACCGCGUGCUGUGCCUCGAGCGGGGCCACAUGUUUGUCUGCGGAGAUGUCACCAUGGCAACCAACGUCCUGCAGACCGUGCAGCGCAUCCUGGCAACGGAGGGCGACAUGGAGCUGGACGAGGCCGGCGACGUCAUCGGCGUGCUGCGGGAUCAGCAACGCUACCACGAAGACAUUUUCGGGCUCACGCUGCGCACCCAGGAGGUGACAAGCCGCAUACGCACCCAGAGCUUUUCCUUGCAGGAGCGGCAGCUACGGGGCGCAGUGCCCUGGGCGUUCGACCUGCCCAGCUCGGACACCAACACCAACGGCCCCUGAGAGCCCCCUGGCUUUCCCUUCCAGUUCCGGGAGAGCGGCUGCCCCACUCAGGUCCGCCCGACCAGGACCAGCCCCGCUCUCCCCUCUUGAGAUGGUGCCUUCCCACAUCUGUCCAGAGGCUGCAAGGAUUCAGCAUUAUUCCACCAGGAAGGAGUAAAAUGCCUCUUUCCCUCUGUAUGCCUGUUGCCUCUGGCCUGGGUCCGCCUAAAUCUGGAAGGCCCCUCCCAGCAGCGGUACCCCAGGGCCUACUGCUACCCGCUUCCUGUUUCUUAGGCGAAUGUUAGAUUCCCCUUACCUCUCUCAGGAGUAUCUUACCUGUAAAUUCUAAUCUCUAAAUCAAGUAUUUAUUAUUGAAGAUUUACUGUAAGAGACUGUGCCAGAUGUUACGAGAACUACUAAAGUGCCUAACCCAGCCCA